AUGAAGACUACGCUACUUCUACUCCAGUUACGAGUUCUACUCAGGCUCCUGACCCAGACCCAGAUAUCACUGAACACUCCUGUGCUUACAGAUCUAUUGUCCACUGCUGCAAUACCCAUUCCUACAGCUUCUGUAGAGGAGCCGACGUCUUCACAUUCGUUGACAUCUGCUACAGUUUCACCCAUCAUCCCAGCUACACAGUCUAUUGCCGUGCCUCCUUCAGAACCAUCUACUACUGUCAUUCCACGAACUGUGUGUAUGCCAACUAAACCUUCUACUCCUGCACAAGGACCUGCUACUAUUCAACCUUCAAGGAAUGCCGCCUCUGCUUUUGAUUCAACAGAUUCGCCAGAUAAAGAUAUCUCAGUUGGAACACCAUCCCCUCCUCGGCGGAAGUGCAACAACAGACCUGACAAUUUCUUUCUGGGCACCACACCUACAACCUUGACCGACAGUACUGCUAUAUCAACAAGAAGUAAGACUACCAAGAAGCCCAAGAAAACCAACGAUCCAAGCUUGGUGAAAAAUAUAAGAAGAAAGAAGAGCACUGAAGCCAGAAGACCUGAGAUUUAA